UAGGUCCUAAGGUUCUCUUCUGUAAUGUCGAUCUCAAAGAUUGCAUCAAAUCGAAAAGUUUUUCCGUAAACUGUGCGCUAAAGGUAGUGAAUAACAAGUUCCUCAUCAGUUAGGUGAAAGCGAGACCCAGGAGCAAGUGAUGUAGGAGGAGCUUGUGGUGCGAUUAUUGGUGAUGUUGGAUUUGGUUUUGUCAUUACUGGGGCUGGUGGAGCUGGAACUGGCAAUGUCGCACAACCCAUAAGGAGGUAAAGAUUGAGGAGGAGGAGGAGGGCGGUAUGGAGAUUCGGGCCUUUGGUGUGCUGAAGUUGCCAAAGCAAAAUGAAAAAGAUGGGUGUUCGAGUGAGGGUUCGACCAAUUCCUCAAUCACUGUUGAUUGUUUCUCCAUCAACGGUGUCCGUCACAGCCGCUCUACUGUUGCUUCGUCUCCCUGGUUCUUAUCGUCUGAUUCUCCGAUUAGGGAUCCUCAAGCAGUCUUUUUUUUUUUUUUGUUAAAACAGAGGGGCAAUUCGGUCAUUGGGCUAAAUUAUUUUAUAAAUAUUAAAUUCAGUUUGAUUGUUAAAUUUAACUUGGACCUUGACAUAAUUUUCCUUCCGCAAUUCUGCCAGAAGAGAAUCCAAUUAUUUAUUAUAAUUAAACAAGGAUUUAGCAUUGUGAGGGUCUGACCGGGAACCCGCGCGUCGAGGAUCCGCCCGUAUUUGCAUAAUUGCUUUUCCGGAAAAGGCGAAGAGGAGGAACGAGGGACUGGACUGUCUGGGGAGGCCAUUUGCAGGGACGAAGGUCGAAAACAAAGAAGAAUUAAAAAGAAUGGGUAAGGAUUUGAGCGACGACCAAGUUUCUUCCAUGAAGGAAGCUUUCACCCUAUUCGACUCCGACGGUGACGGUCGGAUCGCUCCUUCCGAGCUGGGAAUUCUCAUGCGUUCUCUCGGUGGCAACCCCACCCAAGCCCAACUCAAAGCCAUCGUUACCCAAGAGAAUCUCGCCGCCUCCUUCGACUUCCCUCGCUUUCUCGAUCUCAUGGCCAAGCACAUGAAGCCCGAGCCCUUCGAUAGCCAACUUCGCGACGCUUUCAGAGUUAUCGACAAGGACUCCACCGGCUUCGUCUCCGUCUCCGAACUUCGACAUAUCCUCACCAGCAUUGGCGAGAAGCUAGAGCCUGCUGAGUUCGAUGAGUGGAUCAGGGAAGUCGAUGUGGGUUCUGAUGGUAAGAUCCGUUACGAGGAUUUCAUUACCCGAAUGGCCGCUAAGUGAGAUUGUUUUGCAACUUGUUUUGCUUGAGUGGUUCUGUUCAAUGUUUGCUCCAGUAAUUGGAUUUGGCGGUCUCUUCCUUCUUCCUUCUUUCCCCUCCUUUGCGGUACUUCCUGAUUUAGGUCUAUAUGGGUCUUGUAUUCGGCUUGUAUUGUAUGACGUUAUUUCCGCUUUUUUUUUUUUCCCAUUUUGUUUUGGAACAAGUUAACCGAGUUAUGCUAAUUGUCACCUGCAAAAUUUGGGUCUUGAAGAAUUGCAGCUUGCCUUGAGUUCAUGGUCCUUCAAUUUGCUGUCUUAAAUUUGUUUGGCUUGUAUUGUAUAAUGAGAUCUAAGGUAUAUCUGGAUACUGUAAUGGACUAACGUGUGCUUAUCCAUGUCGUUAAUCCUUUCUACAUUAUUGUGCGAAACCUCUACCAGUGAAAUGGAAUGAUUUAGUAUGCUGUAUUCUCAAA